AUGAAAUCCAGUACUCUCGAGAACGAGAUAUGUCGUCAAAAAACCGAACCGCCUGAGGGUGGUGCCUCAGUUACUCAAUUUGGCGUCGUAAACUGGAAGCAGUCAUUCCAGCCCCAAGCGAUCGCGUUCUACGGUAACUUAUUCUGUUCCGAGAAUAAUCUUCUUGCGAUAGUACGACUGCUAGAUGAGCGCACAGGAGCGCAAUAUGUCGACAUGAGUGGACCGAAUAUCCCCCCGAAUAUCCGGAGCUAUCGCCCAUUGAAUUUAAACCAACAUUUCGAAGAUAUCAGAUUUAUAGAAAGGCAGUCAACCUACAGGGAAGCAAAGAAGAUGCUGCCGGGGUCGAUAUACGUACCACAGCUCCCAAACGAUCCUCUACGAUCGAGUUAUUGUGUAGGGGGUGUUGUUGUACCGAAGUGGAGCAAGCGAUACGAUCUAUCAUCGGAUGAUCCUGAAAAAUGGGAUGUCUAUAAACAAGCUAUGGAAGCUUUGAGGAAAACUUUUAACGAGUUCAAGAGAAACCCAAGGGAAAUGAAAAAGCUCCUGGGCAUAACGUCCCUAGAACUACCAAGCUUUAACUCUGACCUCAUGGCCAAUAUCGGACUUAACGACAUCCAAGGCGCUCAAAGAACUAUCGAUGAACUUUAUAACAACAUGAACCAAAAUGUUGCUGAUCUGUCUGGGUCGGUGAAUUUACAGAAUUGCAUUAUCAACCCCACAGGACAGGGGGUUCCGGAUAUGAAAAACCUGGUGGUCGACCCGGAUGCAUUUCAGCCUCCAGUCGGCGACGGGGAAAUUAUUGGCAGCUUCGAUUCAUUUGGGAAUAUUGACGCAGGACCCACGAUUCUUAAAAAGCAGAAACUUUCCACUCAAGAACCGAAAGUUGUUGGGAGUUUUAACUCUUUUCAGUAUUUCCCAUCAAGGAAUUUACCGGAGAAUGAACCUGAAUCCAGGUUUGAGAUCGAGUCGACCGAAACCCAGUUCCGAGAAACCAUUCCCCAAUAUGGCCAGGCUCUGGGACGAGGUAAUUCCCAACGAGUACCUGAGACAUUUUGGCCACCUCAACCUGCGAACCAAUUAACAUUCCAGCCCAAUCAACCCUUUCAGUCGCCAAACUACCAACCGUAUAUGCCGCAAUUCCAGCCUAGAUACAAUCGUGAUCCCCAAUCAGAGCGUAACGAUCAACCAGUACCCCAGUAUUCUCCUCUUUCUGCGCUGCAACCUGCACAGAAACUUCAAUCUCUAUCCCAACCAGGGUAUCAACAAUAA